UGUCCUUUUGGUCUUUACUUCUUCCCCGUCCAUAGGAACCGUCAUGGCUGCAGCGUUGUGUUUCAGUGUUGUAGUGGCUCUGUCUGUCUUGUCAGUUUCUAGUGAAAUACUAGUUGGAGCUCCAGAGAGGGAUAACCCCAGUGACCCAGAUGUCAUAAAGGCUGCCGCAUUUGCUGUUAACGGGUUCAAUCAGAAAUCAAGUGAGGAUUAUAUAUACAAACUAGUGAAGAUUGUGUCAGCUGAAACUCAGGUUGUUGCCGGGGUACGUUACAUUUUGAAUGUAGAAAUCGGGAAGACACAAUGCAAGAAAUCUGAAAGCGACACACACUCCUGUGCCUUCAUUCAAGACCCAAAACUUGCCCAGACAUUACUCUGCACUUUUUCAGUCCUGGAAGUUCCAUGGGAGGAUUUGGAAAGUCUUGAAACAUCUUCUUGCAAGACACAGUAAUGGGAGACGUUACAUAGAGUGGAUGGUCUUUUAUUCCUUCUUUAUUUAUUUCAUUUUAAGUACAUACACUUCUAAAAUACAAUAAAUUGGAGCAAUCUGUGCUUUUGAA